CGUUUGACAUUUAAUAUUUGGUCAGUGAACGGCUCGUUAAAAUAAUUAAAGGGGUCUGUUUCCUAAUUAUUAUCAAUCAAUCAAUACCAUUACGAAUAAAAUAAUUUGUUGAAAACCUGCUAAUGACGUUCAUAUUUAUCAAGUGAUGCAGCAGGACAACUGCUUUAUAAUAAUGCGCUUUUUGUCGAAUCACCGAAGGCUAUUGGACGGAAACACUUUCAUUUGACAACAGGUUUUAGGUUUUCCCGUCAGUUUUUCACUACAGCAAUGCUUCUUGCUGUCGGUCGAUUGUGGAAUUGAGAGGAAAUGGGUGUAAAUAAUGACGAAUUCCGAUCAUUUGUUUAUGAUUAAACGAUACAGUGUCAAGUGAAAGUAUGAGUGAAAGGAAAUUUGCUCGCGGCCUGGGGAAGCCAGGAACUGCAGCUCAGAUGAGGGAAACUGUCUCGCAAGUUGUUAGAGAAAGCACUGUACAAAAUAAGCCACACCUAGUUGAACCAUUGGACUUUGAGAAAUUUCUUAUCAAGAACAAGACAGUAUUGCAGAAUGAUCCACAGAGAGAAUUACUCUUGUACCCGCAGGAAGAUAUUACUCAAGUCGUUUCACCCAGAAAAUUUCGGACAGUGUCACAAACAUUUCCUUCCACUGCUGAAACAGAGAACUGCAGCCUUUUCAGUAAACAGUGCAUCAAUAGCUAUUCAAGCAGCUGGAAUCUGAUCCACUACAAAUAUAAUGCCUAUUCCGGAAGCUACGCUGAUCUACCCCAGAAACCACAAGAGAAUAAGCUGCAAGAAGAAAUUUACGAAGUAGAUAUUGAUACUGAUGCUCUAGAUGAAUUGAAUCCUGCUAUAGAUAAUAUUACUAAAGAGGGAUUUUUGUUGAAGGGACCAGAAAUAGGGUCUGAAAGAUCCUUCGUAAACAUUGGCUCAAAAAGUUUCAAAAAACGAUAUUGUUAUUUGAGGCAGGAAGUAGACGGAACAUAUAUGUUAGAAAUGUUUAAAGACGAGAAAAAAGGUGAAGCUAAGGUUACUAUUGUGAUGGAUUUCUGUACAGAUGUUAUAAAGAACUUGAAAAGGGGAAAGUUUUGUUUUGAACUGAGGAUGACAGCUGGACACAAAUCUUAUUUGUUAGCUGCCGAAAGCGAAUCCGAUCUUAAAGACUGGUUAAGUAAGUUGAGUUCUGUUCUGCAACACAAUAAAAUUCAAGAGGAAAAGCGUGCUGCUUCUUUGGAAAGAGAACGUAGUACUCCCCCUCCGUCUCCUCAAACCCAACAGCCUUUCGGUACUCUCAAAGGCCUUGACCAAAGCAUGAACCCCCAGCUCAUGCGGUACGGCAGGGAAACGGAAGUCAGCAUAGCUGCUUCACGUAGAGAUCACCGCAAGAAAAUCUUCCAAGUUUACCCGAACCUCGUGAUGAACGUAAAGCCUCAAAAUUCUAGUCAGGACCAAAAAGAACCAUACCGCGAAGUGUUCGGCCAGCGAGUGCUCCUCAGGUGCGAGAGCAUCAGAUUAAAAUUACAAGUUGUAGACGAUAGAGAUAAUCUUUGCCAAGUAGAACCCUACCACACAACAUUGUGCCUGUUCGAUGCCAAAAACGGUAGAAAACUGACUGAAAAUUUCCAUUUCGACGUUAAUAGCACUAGCAUUAGGAACACCGUCAACAACGGAAUGUGUGGCGACUCGCUCAAUAAUUCUAAAGUGGACCUGCUGCCUGGGGUGUCCUCGGAGUGGAUGAUGUACCCGAGACAGGCCCUUCUGAGCAUCAUGAACCCCCAUUCGGAUAUCUUUCUUCUUGUAAGGAUAGAGAAGGUGUUGCAGGGGGGCAUAGGGCAGAGCUCGGAGCCCUAUGUGAAAGCGAAUAAAGAUCCUCGAAUUAGUCAGAAAGUUUAUAGGAACAUAGCCAUGUGCUGUCAAAGACUGGGAAGGUAUCGGAUGCCAUUCGCUUGGGCUGCCAGGCCUCUUUUCAGAUUGUAUAGUAAUGAAUUAGAUACCACAUCCGACUUUCACGCCAUUUACAGACAGGAACCAAAUAAAAUAUCAGAUGAAGAAAUGGUGAGGUUGCUGUCUGAAUAUAGAAAACCUGAUAAAUUCAAUAAAUUCACUGUGAUUCCCGGAUCGUUAGAGAUAAAAGUGUCUGCCAUUAAUGAUCUUACACCAAAUACAUUAUCUACUUCAUUAGCGCCAUUAAAACCGUUUCCAGUUCCACCGACUUCCGAACCUACAGUGGAAAUAGCGGAAUUAGAGGGGUUACCAGACAAAGAUGUCAAUCCUUACACUAUAUUCAUCAAUCAUUUAUUUGUUUAUCCACUGAGUCUGAAUUUCGAUACACAAAAGACGUUUUCUAGGGCUAGGAAUAUCGCAUGUGUCAUAGAACUUAGGGAUUCUGAUAAUGAAGAGGCUAAGGGGUUGCAAUGUAUAUAUGGUCGUCCUGGUCAACCUCUACUAGUCUCUCAAGCCUCAUGCGCCGUUCUACAUCACAAUACCUUUCCAGUAUGGUACGAAGAAGUUAAAAUAAGGCUACCUACAAACAUACUCUAUUCUCAUCACCUACUGUUUACGUUUUACCACAUUUCCUGUGAUACUAAAAAGAAAGAGAAUGGAGUAGAAAAUUGUGUUGGUUAUGCGUGGUUACCAUUGUUACAAAAAGGCAAACUGAACGUUGAUGCUCAAACUAUACCUGUUGCUUCGCAAUUGUUACCCGGAUAUUUGUCCGUACAUCCUUUUGGAUUAGGCAAGGGGAGCGCUGGACCAGAAAUCACUUGGAUAGACAGCCAGAGACCAAUAUUUACCGUUGGUUUCAACUUAGUUUCAACAAUAAACACGAAAGAUCAACACCUGUUCAACCUUUUCAAUCACGCAGAGCGUCUUCUAGAUCCGAAACCUUCAGCCCUUCCUUCGGAAACAGAAACUUGCAAAAUUUUGAAAGCUCUUCAUGCGAUUCACCUAACCACACUCAUAACUUUCCUUCCGACGUUGUUCAAUCAACUCUUCGCUCUAUUAGUCGCAACAAAUAGCGAGGAAAUCGGACUGAACAUCAUCAGGGUGUUGAUAAAUUUGGUAGACAUGAUAUAUAACGUGAACCGUAAAGAGAUAUUGCAAGCUUAUGUGAAGUUUGUUUAUGUUUCUCCAGAAAGCAAGAAGAAUAUCACUGUUCAUGAAGAAAUGUGCAAGCAUUUACCGACUAUUUUACAUCCAAACAAUACUGAUUUUCUUGUCGUUAAUAAGUUCAUGCAUCAUUCCGAUUUCUUUUUUGAAAUCAUUGUCAAAGGGAUGGCGCAGCAUUUGUUGUCGACUGGGAGAAUUAAGAUGCAUCGACACGAGAGGUUUUCUACGGAGUACCUGAGUAGAGUGGAGAAUUUGAUGCAUGUUUUGAUUCCCUAUGUUCUUAACAAGUACAAGGAAAUGCCACUAGAAACGAGAGAACUGAAUAAGAAUAUGGCGUAUUUUUUAAAGAAAUGCCUUUCUCUAGUAGACCGAGGCUUUGUAUUCAAGCUCAUCAAUAAUUACAUGGACAAAUUUAAUCCGGGCGAUGCAAAACCAUUACAAGAGUGCAAAUUCAGCUUUUUAGAAAUUAUUUGCAAUCACGAACAUUACAUCGCGUUGAAUCUUCCGAUACAAUUCAGCAAACUCAGUCCCAGAAAUCGAUCUCCUGACUGUUCGAAAGAAUUCACCCUUUCCGAGGAGUUUUGCAAACACCAUUUCAUCGUCGGAUUGCUCUUACAAGAGAUCAAGACAUCCUUGAAUGAAGUUACGCAUAUCAGAAAGAUAGCUUUGAUUACGCUGAAGAAUCUUCUCGCCAAGCAUGAGUUAGACGAUAGAUAUAAGAGUAAGGGUCAGAUGAACAGAAUCGCCAUCAUUUACCUUCCAUGGUUGGGGAUUGCUUUAGACAAUCUCGCUAGGUUAGAUAUGAAAGGAGAAUUGGAUGAUGAGGGUAACGACAGUAUUCAUAACAGGAUAUCAUCUAGUAGUUCUUACUUGUUUGGAAAGAGCUCUGCUGUAAGCGAGAGUACGCCACGAAACCAUAGGUUUACGUUACAUUUUGAUAAGGACAGUCCGAUUCAUAUGAGAAAUUCUGCAUUUUUUGAAGCCAUUGCAGGCCAAUCUCUUGUUAACGGUAAUUCUCUGAGUAUAGACUCUGACAUCUCUACGAUGUCUGGAGAUGCCCAGUCAACUAUUUCCCAAGACCCCAGUAUAAUAAGGGAAGAACGUCUGAGAAUCGAUGACACGAAAUCUCACAAUAGAACAACCUCUCACGUCCAAAGAUACGAUAAACUCCAACCUCAAGAAGUUAAAGACGUCCUGUUGAUAUUUUUAUUUGUUGUUAAAUAUCUCAGUGAAGAACAGUUGACAAUGUGGUGGCAGAACUGCAGUGAAACUGACAUCUACAACUUUUUCUCCAUCUUGGAAAUUUGUUUGCAUUGUUUCAAGUAUGUGGGCAAACGAAAUAUUAAGACAAACGAUAACGACAAUGCAAAGGCAAAGUCAAAAAAAGCGCACACCCUGCCUGCUAGGAUGAAUCCUUCUGAAAUGAACCACGAGAAUACAAGUACUCUGGUUAUUCAUACCACCAGGGAGAAUCUAAUUAGCACAGAAAAUGAAGUGUUGAAAAAACAACAAGCAAUUCUGGAACAACACUUAGCAACCGAGAUUGGCCUUAUAACUUUAGAUUGCAUGGGACUGUACUGUAUGCAUUUCAAGAAAAACCUGAUGAGUACAGAUGGUGAUAAUGACAUUAUGAAAAAACUUUUUGACAUUUACCUCACCUUCAUUCAAAUUGGACAAAGCGAAAACUUGUUCAAGCACGUUUUUGCUGCUUUGAGAUCCUUCAUCAAUAACUUUUCCUUGAUUUUAUUCCAAGGAAAUGCUGUGUUAUGUGGACGGUUGUGCUACGAGCUCCUAAAAUGUUGUAACAGUCGUCUGGCAUCAAUAAGGCAGGAGUCUUGUGCGAUCCUGUACCUUUUGAUGAGGAGCAAUUUUGAAUUCACCGGUCGCAAAGGACUGACCAGAGUCCACCUGCAAGUGAUAAUAUCUGUCUCUCAAAUGCUCGGCAACAUCGUAGGACUGAACAAUGCCAGAUUCCAAGAGAGUCUGUCGUUGAUCAACAGUUAUGCGUCCAGCGAUAAAGCUAUGAAAGGAUCAGGUGAGUCAUAUGUAAUGAGUCAUUCAAAUAUUGCAUGCAAAAUGUGCGAACCAACUAUGUCUAUAUAUUUUACUAUGGGGAGAGAGGACUUGAGUUUAUCCUGUUUGGAAUUUGGAACAGCGUCGUAUUCCUUCCCAUACGUCAAGAAACGGAUACUGGUUGUAUCAAGGCGCAUAGUAGAACUGACCCCCAUCGAGGUUGCCAUCGACGAAAUGCAGACGCGCGUUGCGGAGUUGGAAGACGUGGUCUUCACCAAACCGACAGACGCCAAGAAAUUACAACUGCGGUUGCAGGGCAGCGUCUGCGUUCAAGUGAAUGCUGGCCCUCUGGCGUACGCAAACGUCUUCUUAGAUCCAACACUUUCUAGCGUGUAUCCCGAAGAUAAAGUGGAAGACCUGAAGGAUAUUUUCAGAUAUUUUGCAGCGUCCUAUUCCUUCCCAUACGUCAAGAAGCGGAUACUGGUUGUAUCAAGGCGCAUAGUAGAACUGACCCCCAUCGAGGUUGCCAUCGACGAAAUGCAGACGCGCGUUGCGGAGUUGGAAGACGUGGUCUUCACCAAACCGACAGACGCCAAGAAAUUACAACUGCGGUUGCAGGGCAGCGUCUGCGUUCAAGUGAAUGCUGGCCCUCUGGCGUACGCAAACGUCUUCUUAGAUCCAACACUUUCUAGCGUGUAUCCCGAAGAUAAAGUGGAAGACCUGAAGGAUAUUUUCAGGUUAUUCAUGCAAAUCAACAGCAAGUUGAUAGCGCAAGACCAACAAGAAUACCAAGAAGUAUUACGCCAAAACUAUAAAAAGCUCUGUUCGUCCUUGUCUGCUCUCUUCGGCGAAUCUCUGUGGCCUCACGAGGAAACAGGUAGUUUCAAAAGAAAUAGUAUGGGGGUGUUCAGCGUCGUUACUGGAGUGUCACAUAAUUCUAGCACAGCUUGAAAGAGCGUCGCAUUAGAUUUUUAGCUGGCUUUUGAUUAACGAGAAUGUCUUGUUGAAAAGGGCACUCAAUGUGUGGAUCAGAGUUCAGAUGGUUAUUUUAGGUAAAUAGAGAGAGGGAGGUGGGUCGACCUUUUGUUUUUAGACUGAUUCAUCUAGUUCAGCCGUCGCCAACCUUUUCAGUGUGUUGAACUACUUUGAUUCAAAGUAUUUGAGAUCUAGCGUGAUGACCGGUGGAGACGUCGCAUCGACGGUAGAUCGCUCACCACAGUGUUGAAAUAUAUGUUGUGAGAUGCUCAAAUAGGCUUAGCGAGAUACCGGUAGCUCGUGAUCGACGGGUUGGCGACCUCUGAUCUAGCUCAUGAUUGACACAUUAUUGGCCAUUGAAGUUCCUGUUUAUUUAUUUUUCAUUGCCAUUUUUUAUAAAUUUCAUCGCUAAGCAGUAUUAUUCUUCAUCAAAUGAAAUUGAAAUUUAAUUUCACUUCAUGUUGAAUGCAUAAUUUUUUCUACUUUAAAUAUUGAAAGUUGUACUUUCAUAAUAACCUUUUUUACGAGUCACUCUAAAUUUUUGUAAUAUUCUUUUUUGUAAUUCUUACAAAUGAAUGAAUUUUCAAGCUUUUUGCUUCAAUGGCAGUGUUGCAAAAUUUAGGCUGCGUAAUGACAUUAUUUCUAUAGUAUGCUCUCAGAUUUUUCUCGAUUAUACUUCUUUCGAAUAUUGUCUUGACCAACACGUUGAGUGUGCUUUCCGACUAGAGGUGUCAAUUAAGAGUUCACACUUCAAUUGUUUAUUUCCAAACUAGCCAAUUUUAAAUUGUAAUCCUAUUUUCGUUUUGAUAUUUUAGUGAUUUGUUACGCAACUGAUAAAUGAUUAUAUUUAUUACUUAUUUGAAAUUUAGAAGAAACUUUUCCUCGAAUUGUCGGUUCGGUGUUAACAAGCGGCCGAGUGAUUUUUUUUAUGUUGUGAGCAUUAUAAAAAUGCAAUUGUGUUCGUGGUCAUUUAGUGUUUAUACGAAUUUGCCUGUGAAAUUUCUCUCUUUUUUUUUCUAAACUAAUCACUAAUGAUACUUCAAAAGCCUUAAUAUCCGGUAGGACUUUUAUACUUUUAUAACGUUCGACUAAAAAUUUGGCGUGGCAAAUUUCAGAAAUGCUUGAUUAACGAAGAUGACUUAUGCAAUUUCUAAUAUUCAAUAAUUUUUGUCGUUGUUUUAAUCUGACUGGGAUGAGUGUACUAGAUUUUGCUAAAAUAUUCCCUUGGAACGAGUUUUCAAUACUUCAACAAUUAUACAAAGGAAGUGAGAUCUAGUUUUUUUAAAUAUAUUUUU